AUGUUGGAGAGUUCGACAAGUUCAAAUUGCAGCUGUCGUUACUGCGAGUGUGGGUCAGAAAUCAAACGUCAGACUUCAUGGACAGAUUUGAAUCCUGGAAGAAGAUUUGAGGCAUGCUGCAAUAAUCGAAACAGUAAUAGUGGGUUGCAUUUUUUCGCAUGGGUGGAGAAUGAAACAUGCCCACGAGGAAAGGAAAUCUUGUUUGGGUUACUUAGAAGACUAAGAGGAAUGGAAGAAGAGAAGAAUACAUUAGAGCAAAAACUGAGAGAAGAGGAAGAAGAAAUCAAGAUUUUGAAAAAACAGAAUCUGGGAAUGGGUCAACAAGUUGUUGUACUUGAAGGGGAAAUUUUGAGUUAUCGACAAAGACAAAGGUGGUUCUGGGUUGUUGUUGUGUUGUGUUUUAUGAUUGUGAUAUUGUUCAUCAAUAUGGAUGAUUUGGUAGUGUAG